UAAAUUUACCGGGAACUCCUCGCGAACCACGCAGCUUCCAUUCUGAUAGUGAUUUAGAAGAAAAGGAAGAAACGGAGUAGAAGUGUAGAAGCAUUAUCAUUCAUCACAGUGGAAGAUGCCGACACGUUGUGAAAUAUGCUGCGAGAUAAUGAUCGCGAUCUUGCUUCCACCAAUCGGAGUUUGCUUUCGCCACGGUUGUUGCAGCGUUGAAUUCAUCAUCUGUUUGCUCCUCACAAUUCUAGGUUAUAUUCCUGGCAUCAUUUAUGCUCUCUAUGCCAUUAUCUUCGUUGAUCGUGACCAGUAUUUUGAUGAAUACAGGCGUCCUCUCUAUUCGCAAUACUGAUAGUUUAAGUUCGAAUGCAUUAUUGAUGUUCAUGUCUUGCUCGUGUGCGUAGCGUAACUACUACAAAUUUAAGUUCAUGUGCUUAUGGUUUUGUAAUUGAAAUUGAAAUUGCUUAUGGUUUGUAGAAUCUAUUGUUUUCUCUCUUGAAGCUUCAACAAUUUUUAUGGAAUCAGGAUUCUUCUGUGAUG